AAUCGACCCUCUUUUACUAUAUGAAUAUCUUUGUCGCUGUUUGACCUUCGCGCGCGACAUGAUAGUGGGAAAGCGCGACAUCUGUCACCUCGUAUAAUCGCUUUGGAUCGUCGGGUGCUUCUCAGGGCCGACACCAGUGAAGCCGCACCCCCGCGCUCGCGACCAACUCUCCAUGGGGCGUCGGACCUGGUGUGCUGGUCAUCGAUAAGAAGGACCCCCAGCCCGUUCGUGCCUGGGGCGCGCGAUAUUCCUUUUACACGAUUCGCGCCGCAUCCACGCUACUUGUCGAGAUGCUGCUCGUGCCACCUUGCCGCCUGCCGUGGCAGUUGGCGUGUGUCUUGUUUGCAACCGUCUCCGCGGCUACCAUCUCCUCCACCAACACUUCUACCGCGCGUCCAAAUCUCUACGAUGGCACAUUACCGCUUGCUGAUGCGCAAGGCGACGGAAACACGAUUGCCGAGUUGAUCCCAUUGACCCAGGAAGCCGCUAAAUCAGUGAAGGGCAACCUAUACAAUACAAAUUACUCCAGCGCUGCUCGAAUCUCCAAUGACGAAAUCGCGUACAUCAGCUGUAACAUCAACGACUACAACGGCUUCGACACUCCGCAGAGCGUCUUCGAACGGGCUUAUACCCAAGCCAACAUAUCGGCUGUCAUACUGUACAGCACGGCGUCCAACUACUGCAACUACACGCAGGACAGCGCGCAAAACAUGAUCGAGGAGUUUGCUGUAUACUCAAUGACGAACAAGGAAGAUUCAGCGAAGAUACUCGGCGCCAUCAUCGACCUGCCUGCCUACAUGAAGUACUUUGUGCAAGUCGAAGGCCGGGAUGAGGGAAGCAAUAGCGCCGGUGGUAGCAACCAAUACCAGCAAAACCCACUUGGUCCUUCGCCGUCCACUGCUGUUGCCAUGAUCAUUCUAUACAGUAUCACAGGAAUCAUCACAGCUUUAUUCCUCGUCAUCAUCAUUACUGGCGCUGUGCGCGCGCACCGGCAUCCGGAGCGAUAUGGUCCUCGAAACGUCCUUGGCCGACCAAGGCAAAGCAGAGCGAGGGGGUUAGGGCGAGCUAUACUGGACACAAUACCAAUCGUCAAGUUUGGGGAGAAGGAGUCUGCGAAACCUGCCGACGUUGAGUUGGGACCAACAGCAGAGACGGCAGAUGUAAAUCGUGCAAACGUAGAUACUGAAGUACCUAACAGCUUAACCACAACUACGAACCACGAAAAUAACACGCCGGAUACGUUGCCCGACUCAACGAGGACGAUACAAGCUGCGACACCAAGACUAUCGGAAGAGCAUCAGUCAGGCAUCGCACCUGCACAGCCCGCUGCCACAGGCGUGGGGGCGGGCACAGACAAUGCAUCGUCAGACGAAGCUCUAGGAUGCUCGAUCUGUACUGAGGAUUUUGAAAAGGGCCAGGAUCUCCGUGUGCUUCCUUGCAAUCACAAAUUCCACCCAGAAUGUGUAGACCCUUGGUUGUUGAACGUGUCUGGCACAUGUCCAUUAUGCCGUGUCGACCUUCGUCCUGUGACUUCCCAUGAUUCCUCCACGUCACAAGAUCAAAAUGAGCUCGCCCCUCCUCUCAACCCUGAAGCCGAUUCAUCACAUCGCCGCCGUACAGCGCUUUUCGACAUCCUCUCUCUUCGUCAUCGACCCAACGCAUCACCCGAAGAACGGAUUGGCGCUCUUCGGCGUCUGAGAGAGCAAGGCAGGAAUCAAAGCGGUAAUGUUGCAGCAGGCAGUGUCAAUGCCAGCGCUGAGGAUGUUGCCAGUUCGCGAGAUAGGAGAAAUAGACGCAUCAGUGUCAGGCUAAGCGAUGUCUUUACUGGUCGGACGAGAAGAGAGAGGCGGGAUGAAAGCCCGGCACAUCAAGUAGGACCAGACAGGAGUGAGGCGAACGCCACGUCUGAUCAUGCUGAACAAAGACCUUGAGUUGGGGCUGUGACGUGCCUUACGAUAUAUACGAUGCUUGUAUAGUUCAUUAUUUGUGUGAGCGCUGAGCAAUUAGCUCGUUCGGGAGUUUAUCAAUAGUUGUGCAUUCUGCGGCGUUGCGGGAUACCAUAUACUUUUAGCUAGGAUAUUUGUUGCAUACCAAUGAU